AAACCCUUCAAAAUAAAGAAAAAUUAAAAGAUGGCGAGAUUAUUCCCCAACUUAGACACAGUCCCACUCACCAAUCAUCCCAAAUUUGCGGAAACAUCGAAUCUUCGAAAAAAACGCAGAGUUCAUCAUCAAAUUCGAUUUUCUGCUUCACUGAGUCGUCGUCAAUUCAGAACAACUCUAGCAAUGUCGCUAAACCCAGUGAAUGAGCCACAAAAGAUAGUUGUACUCAACUAUCAAAGCGAAAAGCUGGUUGGGCUGUUACAUGAUACAGGAUCCAAAGAUGUUGUGAUAGUCUGCCAUGGGUUCACAAGCCGUAAGGAGAACAAAAUGAUGGUAAACAUUUGUGGUGCAUUGGAGAAGGAAGGGAUAAGUGCCUAUCGUUUUGACUUCUCUGGAAAUGGAGAAAGUGAUGGUACAUUUGCCUACGGAAACUACAUGAAAGAGGUGGAAGAUUUAUGUGCUGUGGUCAAACAUUUUAAUGGGGAAAACCGAAUUGUGAGUGCAAUUGUAGGCCAUAGUAAAGGAGGUGAUGUUGUCUUACUAUAUGCUUCGAAGUAUCAUGAUAUUCGCACGGUUGUCAAUCUGUCUGGGCGUUAUGACUUAAAGAAAGGCAUAGCAGAACGUUUGGGUGAAGACUUCAUGGAAAGAAUCAAGAAGAACGGAUACAUGGAUGUGGAGUGUCAAAAAACAGGAAAGGUAUUGUAUCGUGUGACCGAGGAAAGUUUGACUGAGCGCUUGAAUACGGAUAUGCAUGAGUUAGCCCCUAGGAUUGACAAAAAUUGCAGGGUGUUGACUGUUCAUGGAUCUACCGAUGAAAUAAUCCCCGUUGAAGAUGCAUAUGAAUUCUCUAAGAUAAUACCGAAUCACAAAUUGCACAUCAUUGAAGGAGCAAAUCAUUGUUUCACUGAACACCAAGAUGAGGUAGUCCCAGUCGUCAUCGACUUCAUCAAGUCGUGCAUGCAGCAAAACAAAGAAAGCUCUGACUAGGUAUGCUAAUGCUUAUUGCUAUUUCGUAAUGGCCACUUUUUUUGGUUUCUUUAACGAAGGUUUGAGCUAUGCAAUGUUUUGCCUUACUUAGGGUUACACUUCUUUUGAAGGUUUAUUCUUACAGAUCUAAGGGAUUUUCAAUUUAAGCAAUUUGCUCAAGAUCUUUUUGUUCCGAGCAAUGAUCUAGAUCUUUCCAAUUCAUAUUACUUUCUCAUUGUUGUGUACAUUUAAAUUCUUGGUCCCGCCACUGAUUGUGUAUAUUCACCGGAAAGGAAAUUUUCCUGGCCGCUCAUUGUUGUGUGUAUUCACCAGAAAGACUAAAUUCUCGACCGUCCAUUUUGGUAAUGCUUUUGUUGCCAAAAUCUAGGAUAGCUCUCAAGUUUCCAGACUUUAGCAUGAGAGCUUUUGAGGAAAUUGUAAUAUUAAUAAGUCGUCCUUGGUAAUUUUUAAAGUAUUUUUGAAACUCAAUAA